ACAACCAAAAAAAAGCAAAAUUCCACCCAACACCUUUUUCAAUUUCCCUUUAACAAAAUUUCCCACAUAUCUUUACAAUACACAACAUUACCAAUUCCAUAUUCCCUUCAAAAAUUCCUCAAAACUCAACCAAAAAAUGGGUUCUUGCAUUAGCAAAUGCAAACCUAAGAAGAAAUCCAAGGAAGAAGAUGUUGUUGUCCAAGACAAGGUCGCAAUCUCAAGAGAUCCUCCCCCUACCGAAAUUACCAUAAUGCCCUCACACAAGCCUCUCUCCCCAAUUUCUUCCACAGCUUCUUUUUCGUCAUUUUCAUGCUCCGCCGCUGCCACAGCAGCUUCCUCGGUGUCUUCCUCUUCUUCGUCUUCUUAUUCGACUAACUGUGUAUCGAAAGACCGAUCAUUCUCGAACGAAUUCCUGAGGUCUUGCGCCAAGGAAAAUCCACACGCCAUCGCCGGCCUUAACGUCCAGAAAACGGCGCCGUUAUUUCCUAACGAGAUUCCGUCUCGGAAUCUCCCUCCGUCGCCGGCGCCGGCGGUUAAGAAGCGGGCGCGUGCGGCUUCUCCGACUCUGGUGAGGCAGAAGAGCUUCAGAAAAGAGCCGAAUAGAGGCAUCCGGUCGCCUUCUCCGAGCCGGAGAUUCAACGGCGACGGUAACAGAAUCUUUCCAUUUCGGGAAAGCGGUUAUAACGGGAAACCGGCUGGGUCCGGAGGGUGUAAUGCGGCUCCGAAAAGGGAAAGUUUUCGAGGGGCUGUUCCGAGAAGGGAAAGUUUUCGGGCUCCGAAGGCCGAAUUGAGCACGAGCCGUGUGUAUUCUUCAGUGAGGAAAAUUGAUGGAUUUCGUGAGCAUAUUAGUAGUAAGAUUGAAGGUAAAGAAAUAGAUGUUGUGAUGGAGGAUAUUGAUAAUCCUCAUAUUGCCUUGGAUUGCUUCAUUUUUCUCUGAUUUUUUUGUUAGGUUUUUGCAUGGAUUUUGUGUGCUCUCAUAAUUUUGUGUUUAUAGACUUUUAUUUUUUAAAGAUAAUCUUGGUGUGAUGUUUGUAUGGUUUAGGGGUACUUGUUGUAAGUUCAAAGCUCGUGAAUAGUUCUGUUUUCUUUUACCAAUUAAAUAGUAAGUAGUAUUAUUGUAACCCUUAGUUUCAUAAAUUGAAAAGUGAGAGAAUGUAUUGUUGU